GCACCGGUGGGGCCGACGGGCGGGCUGAAGGAGGGAAGCGGGCGAGUCAAGUCCCAGUGCGCGCCGCGGCCGCCCCGGUAUCCUCCCCUUCCGGGCGUGAGGCGCUGAGAGAAGGAGCCGAGCCGUCCAGCGGCACCGUCCGUGAGGCGUCACGAUCGCCGCCCCGAGCCGGCCUCCCUCAGCUCCGGCGCUCCGUUCGCGGGGCCCGGGUUCCUCGGUCCAGACCCAGCCCCGGCCGCCCUCAGAACCUGCCUCCGGCUCUCCGAACGCCCCGGCGGGCAGCCUGGGCCCUUUGGCAAGGGGGGACGAUGACGGAACUGCAGUCGGCGCUGCUCCUGCGAAGACAGCUGGCAGAACUCAACAAAAAUCCAGUGGAAGGCUUUUCAGCAGGUUUAAUAGAUGACAAUGAUCUCUACCGAUGGGAAGUCCUUAUUAUUGGUCCUCCAGAUACACUUUAUGAAGGUGGUGUUUUUAAGGCUCAUCUCACUUUCCCGAAAGAUUAUCCCCUCCGGCCUCCUAAAAUGAAAUUCAUUACAGAAAUCUGGCAUCCAAAUGUUGAUAAGAAUGGCGAUGUUUGCAUUUCUAUUCUUCAUGAGCCUGGGGAAGAUAAAUAUGGUUAUGAAAAGCCAGAAGAACGUUGGCUACCUAUUCACACUGUGGAAACCAUCAUGAUUAGCGUCAUUUCUAUGUUGGCCGACCCUAAUGGAGACUCACCUGCUAAUGUUGAUGCUGCGAAAGAAUGGAGAGAAGAUAGAAAUGGAGAAUUUAAAAGGAAAGUUGCCCGCUGUGUAAGAAAAAGCCAAGAGACUGCUUUUGAGUGACAUUUAUUCACAGCUAGUAACUUCAUUUACUUCAGGGGUCUCCAAUUGAGAAACAUGGCACUGUUUUUCCUGCACUCUACCCACUUAUUGCUGGACUUCUGUUGUUACAAGUUGGCAAACACUGGCUGGAACUGGGCUGCAAUAAAACAUGCCAGUUAUCAGUGCUGACAAGAACCUAACAAGUGCCAACUUACAGAUGAUUACGCAUUUUGAAUUUUAAUGAACUGUUUUAACCUUCAGGAAGAAUUGUAAAGACCUGUACAUAGCACAACAUGAUCCGGAUAAUAUAUAUACUGUUCAUGUACAUCCACAAAUACACCUUGUACCAAAUAAUGCUUUCUUGUAGUAGAAUAAGAAUCGUGUAAAUUCUAAAAAGAUUUUAGCAGGUUUCCUUUCCCUAUUCAUUGUUUCUUAUGAGUUCUAAAAGACUUCUUUAUUAAAGCAUGUCAGGUAAAAAGCAAUUAGGAUUAAAAGUUUCCACUUAAUUUCCUUUAAACCAUUGAGGCUUCAUUAAACUAUUUUCACUUAAUAAACUUUUGUAUCUUUUUUGUUUUGGUACACCCCAUCUUUGCUUUCAUCUCAUCUAUCUGCCAGAAAGUUCUCAAAUCAUUUAGCUCCAAUACUGAACUACUCAAUAAGCAAUUACUUGAUUUUUAAAGAUGACUUCGGAGGAGUGGUCAUCUCUAGGUGCUUUGUCCUUUUUGUAUUCUGGUUGCACCGGUCUCUCAGAUUGGAUGUAGCAAUAAUAUUUUCUGCCUGUUGAGAGCUCUUGAACCCAGUCAUUACCCCCCAGAAAACUUAAAAACAACAGACAAGUUGUUUGUGAGUUCAACUUACUGCAGUUUACCCCAGAUAGUGCAAAAUUCUGAUUUGGUUUUAUCUGCUCUCCAGUUGCCUGAUGUUAAGGUUGGAUACAUAAAGCAUGCCCAUCUUCAGGCUUUCUACUUCACUUCUGGGUCUGCUGCUAAAAGUGUUGUUUGCCCUCCUCCCACUGUUCCUUUGCCUAUAUUCUUCUAUUCUGCAGAUUUUCCUUACCUAUUGUAUAAAGAAAUUGCGAUGUAUAUUUUCAUGUAAUUUGAUUUUGGAAUUCUGUCACCUUAUGUAGUGAGUUCUUCCAAAAUAUAAUUUUUUUCCAA